AUGGUAGCCCAUGUUGGUGACUUCGGUUUGGCAAGGUUCCUCUUGGAAGCAUCAGAUAAUUCCUCCCAACGUCAAACCAUGUCAGUUGGGUUAAUAGGUUCCAUAGGCUACAUUCCUCCAGAGUAUGGCAUGGGAGGCCAAGUCUCCUUUCUGGGAGAUAUUUAUAGCUUUGGAAUACCGUUGCUAGAAAUGUUCACAGGAAAAAGACCUACAGAUGACAUGUUCAGAGAUGGUCUAAGCAUCACCAAUUCAUAG